AAUAACAACCCAAAACUAACCAGCAUUUCUCCUCAAAUGAAAUCGAAGAAACAUUGAAAAACAAAGAACGGGAAAACACUUGGAUACUACAAACUUUUUUUUUUUUUUUCUUUGGAAGCCAUGAAAAGGGUUUUCUCCAUAGGAAUUUCACUCACUUCUCACAAUUUUCUUCACUCUUACACUAAAACCAGCCAAAACCCAGUUCACUCGUUCUCCCCACUCGCCGCUUCAACUCGGUGUCGACUCAGGUUCUACACUUCUACUCAUCCGAACCGUAUUCUCAGGUUGAAAAGAAGCCUGACCCUGUUAUAGAAUCUGCUUCUGUAGCUGAAGCCCAUGUCAAGGAUGUUGCUUUCCCUGUUGAAGAUAUAAGUGAUAAAGGUAAAAAAAAAAUUGGGUUUGGGUUUCUAAUUGGCAAUAUGGUUCGUUCUUGUGUUUUUGUUUAGAUGAUGAGAAAGGAAAGUCAAGAUGAAUGAACAAGUUUGAUUUUUAUCUAUUGGUUUGUUAUGUUCAUGUUAGUCUGGUAAAAAGUCUUAAACUGGGUAUGAGGAUUUAAAUUUAUCAAAUAUUAUUUGUGUUAUUCAACCUUAAAUUGAAAAUUUUCAAUUUUGAUUUAUUUAAUAACCAACUGCAGUUUAGUUUCCUUAUUUUUGAUUUGUCAAAUAUUUUGUAUUACAAGUUUAGAAAUUAAGUGAGGUGAUGUACUAACAUAAGUUUUCAAGAUUGGAUCUUUUAAAAUAAGAAAGCUCAUAAUUAAAAGCUUUAGGAAUUCAGUUUUUAUAGAAAAAUUAAUACAGGCUAGGUAGAAUCGGACUUGGGGAUUUUAAGAAAAAGAUAUGAUAUGAUAUGAUAUUGUGCUAAUAAAUUAGAUUAAAAGGAGAAUAUGAUAUGAUAUGAGACAAAAUUUCUGUUUUUUUUUUUAAAACAAUAAAUCGGUAAACCGGUGGUCUUUAUUACAAUCUCAAUCUAGUAGUGUCCCAGAAGCAAAGCUUAUUAUCAGAGAGAACCAGCGUUGCCGGAAAAUGGCUUGCCUCAACGCCCGAAGAUCUCUAUCAACCCUUUUAAGCCGCGCCCUCACUUCUUCUUCUUCCUUUCCUUCCCGUUCUCGCCUCACAGUUGCUCUCCUCAACUCAACCCCAGUUUUUAUCCCCGAAGCAACCAAAAUCCUGACCCGAACCAAGACAUCUGGGUCCGGCUACUCGCCUUUGAACGACCCAUCUCCUAACUGGAGUAACCCACCAGCAGCCGUUGAUUAUGAACAUUGGCUUAUCAUUCUGGAAUUCUCACAACGCCCAAAACCUUUGGAAGAAGAAAUGAUCGAUGCCUAUGUUAAAACCCUCGCUUCUGUAGUCGGCAGUGAAGAGGAAGCGAAAAAGAGAAUAUACUCUGUUUGUACAACGAGGUACACUGGGUUUCGUGCUUUUUUCCCAGGGCCUUUUAUUUAUGACGUUAUAGGGUUACCUCAUGUACGGUGGGUGUUACCAGCUGAGUUUAUCGGUGGCCGAGAUUAUUAUUUUGGAGGGGAUUUGUUUGUUGAUGGGAAAGUCCUUCGUAGACCGCAAUUGAAUCCAAGGGUUGGCGUUUCAAAUAGCAGCCACAGAGUUGGAGGACGUGGUGAUGAUGAUCUUUGGGUUAUCACUUUCAGAUUCCCGAAAGACCAAGAACCUUCCUUACAGGAACAGAUCGAUCUCUAUGUUAAAACCCUCGCUUCUGUUGUUGGCAGGUUGUUAAUUCCUUCAAAUUUGGGCAUUUCCGGGAAUUUGAGAAAUGGGUUUUAUUUUUCUUUUUUGUUUGUAGUGAAGAGGAAGCGAAAAAGAGAAUACGCUGUUUCUAGUCCAACAUCGUGGUAUGCUGGGUUUCGUGCUUUUAUUUCUGAGGAGAUGGCUCAUGAACUUUCAGGGUUACCCCUUGUAGAAGGCUUUUAUCGGGAUUCAGAGGUCCAACAUCGGAACGAAGAUAUUUGUGGAGGACCAGAUACUUGACGUUAUUUCUGAUCGGAAUUUAUCGGACGAAACCGUAUUCGACAGUAUUAGUGAAGCUGAUAUGAUGCGGAGGAUGACCGCUUUUUGAAUCGAAAGUUGGAAGAAACCGAAACCGAUAGUGGUGGUGAAACUGAUCUCGUGCAGGAGCAGAUAGUUGCCGUUAUUUAUGAAUCGAAAUUUGGAAGAAACCGAUUUGGUGGAUUCAUAUAUCUCAUUAUUUAUUUUAUUUUUUUAUUUUAAAAAUAAAUAUCAGAGAAGGGUCGAAGAUUGAUAUUUAUUUUUUACUUUAUUUUACUAAUAACAAUUUAAUUUCAAUAUUACCUAUUUAUCUUACGAAAUAAUAAUAAAAAAUGACAGAAAA